CAAGUCUCUGCCUGUGCCUCUAUAGUGUCUUGCCAUUCAUGGUGGACAUCUCAGAGAGGGUGGUGCUGUCUUACAAGAAUGUGUGUGCAGCUGUGGUUCCAAAAGUGUUGAUCCUUCCUGGCCCAGAUGGCAAGAAGUUUCUCAAACUCCAAGCCAGCCACCCAUUUGUUUGCAGAGUGCUAGCUGCUCACAAUUUGGAUCUCUACAGAGAGUGCAAGAACCCAAGCCUCAGCAAAGGUGAAUGCUUUGCAUUGCUCAGGAAGAAGCAGGAAGAAGCUUUGGCCAAUGCAUCUUCAAACCAGCAGGACGAUGGUGGUGAAAAAGAGCAGGCACUGUUCAAGGAUGAGCAGCCAAAGAAGAAGCCCAGGCUGGACAAUGGGCCUGCUACUCUUCAGCUGGAUGUGGGUGGCAUCAAAGUGGAAGUCUUGAAGCCCAGCUCCUACAAGGAGAAAGAUGUAUCUGUCUUGCUGGACCCAAGCAUGCUGACUUCUGUUUUUGAAUUUUUGGAAGCUGAUUGCGAAAGCUGCUUCAAAGAUGUACAGAAGUGAGCCUACGCAAAGAAGACAAAGUAGGCUUCAAACACAAGUUGAAGUUGCCAGGUG